AUGAAAUGCUAUAAUGCAGAAUCUGAACUUCAAACAACAAUUAACUCAAAAUAAUAUCCAUCAGAAGUUAAUAGUCCAUAAACUGAAACCUAACCAAUUCAAAAGGAAAGGAGAAAAUGGAAUAGUGAUGAAAUGACUAAAUAUUGUCCGAUUGAUAUUCCAAAUGCAUUCUAAUAUGAUAAAGUUAAUGGAUAGAAGUUUCAAUUAUUUUUAGAUGGAAAGUACUCUGCUAAUAAGUUAGUAAAAGAUAUGAAUGUAGUGAUAAAGAGGAAAAGAUUAACUUAAUUAGAGUAAGAAUUCCAUAAACAAAAGGAAUAAUAAUAAUUAAGAAAGGAAUUAGUGGAAAGAAGAUUCACAAAGGUAAGAACAUUGAUUAACUCAAACAUUAAAUUAAGAGAAGUAAAUAGUUUUAUAUAUCUUUAAUUUAGUCUUUAAAACUAGAAUCUAACUUGAAAGGAAGCAGAAUGUUCUCUUAAUUAAAUAAUCAUAUAGUUGAUCAUAUAGCUAAAAUUAAAUCAAAGGAUUUGUUGACUGAUCGAAUCGAUGGAGUCAGAUAAUAUGAACCAACCAAACUUUAUGAUUAUAGUAAAUCUGGAAUUAAGUUAAAAUUUAACAAGAACUAAAAACUCAUCAAAUCUUAGACUUAAUACUGUUUGAAGUAAGCAGCCACCUUAGAAGUCUAAGAUCACAUUGAACAAUACUUUAAAUAAUAACAUGAAGCUUUAUAAUAAAUGGAAUUAAAAUAAAAACGAAAGGCUAAACUUAAAAUAAUUUCAGAUAGAAAACAUCGUAAAUAUUUUACAGAAUUUGAUAUUAAUUUAUAAAAUAAGAAAGCUCCUCCUUCUAUUAAAGAUGUACAACUAUUUAAAUACAUUCAUGGUUAGAUGUUGAUAGAAAAAUUUUAAUAAAAACAAGAAGACUAAAAAGAAUAUUUUGGAAACAUUAUGAGAAGCAGAAAAAGUUAUCAUAUACUUUCAAACUUUGAUAAGCCUUCAGAAUUAUAUGCUUUUGAUGAUUGUGAUUAAUCUUUCGAAUCUAUGAAAGAAAUGAAGCUUUCUAAUCUUUAUGCUCAAAGCAUUGAAUUACAAUAGAAAUUAUUGACAGAAAGAAGAAUAGUUAAUUAAGUCCAAUAAUCUAAGUAAAUAGAUCAAACUACAAAUUUGAUUUAGAUUGUUAACAAAUAAAAACUAAAAUGA